GAAAUUUCUCUGAUGCUCUUCAGCACAGCAUCCUCGGGGGAGGCAAAAAAUGAGAACUGAAAUUAAAGGGUCUAAAUUCUGAGAAGUGAUAAACUUCCUGGUGAAAUGUUUGCAGAUAAGCAGGUUUAAGAGCAUCAGUUUACACAUCGGCUUAAUUCAGUCAGAAAAGGUACAUCACCCUCGCUUCUGGAAUACAUUUUCUUCAGUUCAGUAUGGGCGCUAAGACAGCAGUUUUGCUCUUCUGGCUUCAGGGUUUUGGGGUUUUCGUGUUUGCUGAUGUUUGGAAGGUACAAGUAGAAGACGAAAUGAAGGCUUUGGUCAAAUCUUGUGUUGUGUUGCCUUGUUCAUUCAAAUACCCUGGAACAGUACAGCCCUCUUCUCGUACGAGAGCUAUUUGGCACAAAAAAGACCAAACUAAUGUAUUCAUCUAUUCUGAGGAUAAAACAAAUAUUGAGGACAAUUUCAAGGGUCGCACCAGACUGGUUGGACAACUGGGUGAAUUAAACUGCUCACUGGAGAUCGAUGAAAUCAAAAACCAUGACAACGGCCCAUUUUGUUUUAGAGUUGAAUUAGAGACAUCAGUAAAAGACAAAUACUCCUUUGUGAAAAAUUGUGUACACAUUAAUAUGAUUGAGAAAGCUUCACCACCGGAGCUGCAUUUUGAUCCGGCUGUACAGGAGGGUCAUCCUGCGGUCUUCAGAUGCUCUGUCAGGCACACCUGCCCCUCCCACCAGCCCACUCUCACCUGGAAUCACAUUGGCAAAGAGAUGGUGACCUAUAAGGAUAGUGGUCAUGGAAACUGGGAAGUUGAGUCUAUUCUGACCUUCACACCCACAAAAGCCGACGAUCACAGCGAUAUCACGUGCACAGUCAGUUAUCAUGGUCUCAAUGAGAAAUUUGUAGCCAUCAAACCCAUCUUUGUGAAAGAACAAGAAACUGUCAAUCACAUCCUGAUUCCAGUUUUCUGUGGGCUUGCAGUCGCUCUUCUUGUGGGAGGACUGAGUUUCUUUAUAAUCAAGAAAUACAAGAGGCGCAUUGAAGAUCUCCAGUCAAGAAAUGACAAUGGAAUGUGGAGUCGACUAUCAAGAAUGUCUCGCAGAUUCCGGUCAGGUGGAAACAGCGCUGGACCAGAUCGAAGAGAUCAGAGGAGGUCUAUUUGGAGUAGAUUUUCAAGGAGAGGUCAUGGGGAUCAAACUGACAGGAAUUUCGACAACAGGUCGGACAAAUCAGGAAACAAGAAUUUCUCCAAACCUCGUAUCCCAGCUAGCAAAAAUUGUGCGGGCCGAAAGUGGAACGAUUAAGGCUGGAACACUCGGCCGAUCCUCGGCAUGAAUCUAGGUCCGAUUGCUCUGCGAACGCUCGGUUUUAAUGUGGCCCGAACACACGGCCGAGCACUCGGUUUUAACGCGGCCCGAGCACUCGGUUAUAACGUGGCCCGA